AUGAGGAGGCGCUCAAGCUCAAAGACCGAGAUCGGCGAGGCGGACGCCGACGGCUUCAGCACGCUGGACCGGCUGACACCCGGGUCGCGCGACAGCCUGCUGCGCUCCUCGCGCGACGGAAGCUACAGUCCGUUCAGCCUGCUGUCAACGCCGAGCCACUCGUUCUUGGCCGGGCCGGUGUACGAGCCGGCCGGCGAGCUCAUCGUCCAGCACCCGGCCUGGGGCCAGAUUGGCGACCUGGACCGUGCGCUCGCCUACAUGGAGCAGAACGGGCCGACCGACUUCCGGCCGAGCAGCCGCCGCUGGACCGACAUCGACGACGUGUUGAGCCGCGCGCGAGCCCACAGCCUGCUGGCCGACGCACACCUGGCAGCCGGCGGCAGGAUCAGCGCCGUGCAUCAACGCAUUGUCGAGUCGACGAAUGAGCUGGCCAUUCCUGGCAGGAGUACUCCGGCCACCGUCCACUCAUAUCAGGAGAUGGUCAUCAAACAGGUGAUAGAUUCCACGCUACCUGGCAGGGCCGGCGGCGGGGCACGACCGGCGCCGCGCGACCCCGGAGUUGAUGACGACCCCCGCUGGCACCAAUGGGAGCACGGCGCCGCCGCCGCCGCGCCGCCGCCAUUCGAAAGCAUCGCCAGCAAACUGGCGGCUGCGGGCGGCCACGACGUGGCGCCGGACCCCUCCGCCAUGCAUUACCCAAGCUACGUAUCCGCGCGCGACUUCGACGCGCUGGCGCGAGGCGUGGACGCCGUCGACGUGAGCGACACGGACGCCAGUGGGCGCGAAGGGGCUGGUGACGCGACGGCAUCGGCGCGCUCCAUCAACCUGCUGACCGACCGGCGUGGCGGCGGCGCCGAGCCGCUGCGCAGCGCGUUCCGGCCGAUCCGACCCGAGCCGCUGCGGCCGGCGGCCGUGCCGCGCCUCAUCCACCACCUGCCGAUCGCCAAGAGCGAGCGUCGCCGACGCAAGGAGCUGCGCCACUCGGAGCGCCGGCUGCGGCGCGUCCGCUACGGUCGCACGGGCGUGGCCGGCUACCGGCGCGUGACGCUGCGUCGGAGCCGACGCGACCCCGAGUUCGGCCUUUCAGUCAUCGGCGGCGCCGAGUCAGGUCUGGGCGUGUUCAUCAGCCGUCUCGAGGUCGAGGGUCUAGCCAGGUCAGCAGGACUCCGGGUCGGAGACGAGCUCGUCAUCGUCAACGGCUAUGACGUCCGACGGUCAUCGCUGCCGCAGGUCAAGCAGAUGAUCGCGAGCUCGAGUGUGCUGGACAUGAUGAUCAAGACGGUGGGCAACGGCGACAACUAUGUGGUGAGCCACACCUACACGUGGUGUGAUCCGCAGGGCCGGGAGGUCACACCUCCUCCAGAUGCAUCGCAGACCAGCAGAGAGGGUGGUCACGACCGCAAGGUGGACUUUUCCCUGGACAUGGGCGAAAGCCUAGGUGUCAUGAUCCGCGGCGGUGCUGAGUACGCCCUGGGCAUCUACGUCACGGGCGUAGACGUGGGCUCGGCCGCCGACCAGGCCGGCAUCCAGGUGGGAGACCAGAUCCUUGACGUCAACAAUCAAAGCUUUUUGGACAUCACCCAUGACGAAGCAGUGAGCAUCCUUAAGUAUUGCAAGACUCCUACGAUGACCAUUCGUCCCGUGGGAAAGGUGCCUUGUGCGUCUUACGCCUCGAAUAGUGUGGAUGGAAGGCUUCAGCCUGCAAUAUCGGACGGCAGCGGCAGCCGUCCGCGGGACGAGUGGGCCGGCUCGUCCGUGCGCGCCGGCCCGCCGGACGAGCCGGCGACCGCGGCCGACGAGUGGGCCGACCCGGCGCUGGUCAUGGUGUACGAGAAGGCGUCCGUGCUGCUCGACUCGCACGAGUUCGGCGUGUUCGACGACCUGGUGCGCCGUUACCUGGCCGGCCACGUCAACGUCGGCAGGCUGGUGGGCUCGCUGCUCGAGCUCUUCCGGUCACCAGAGACGCUGACGCUGCUGACGGAGCUGCGCGAGAUCGUGACGCCGGUCGAUCAGCUGCGGUUCGACCAGAUGGUUUACCACGCCGACGGGCAGACGGCGUACCAAGCCGACCGCCGCCAUCCGGUCGACCAUUCGGCUGGCGUCGGUGGCUACCACACAAGUGCCCUCUGUUGGCGUCCUCGACAACCUCAGAUUCCGAGAUCCCCGAGCGAUGACUCAGGUGUCGAGCUUCCCAACGGCACACACGCCGCGCCUCAUUACAGGGGCCUUGUCGAAGAAGAUUGGGCGAUCACCCACCACCCCCGAGUGGUAUUUCAGCGACAUGUAGAAGAUAGCGGCCACCCCAGUCCCAGCGUGCCGGCCGGGCUGACGGGCGCGGCCGCGCUGUUCCCGGGACUGGCACGGCUGACGGAGCGGGGCCGGCCCGCUCCCAUGACCCCCGACCCUUUGUUCGACCAGAGCUUCACCGAACUGGCCAGACUGCGGCCGGCCAGCGCGCAACCGGAAUUGCUGGACCCAUACCCGGCGAGCCCCAUAUUGGAGGAUCCCGAGGGCAACAUCAAAAUCACCGUGCCGAAGAGCAAGCCGCUGCUGGGUAUUGUCAUCGAGGGCGGCGCCAACACGUCCCAGCCGCUGCCGCGCAUCGUCAACAUACAGCCUUAUGGGUCGGCGUUCAGUGCCGGUGGUCUGAUGGUUGGUCAAGUCAUCAAAUCCGUGGACGGCAAAAAGCUGGUCGGCGUGAAUCAUCAGCGCGCGGCGCAGGUUAUCGCGGAGGCUUACGCCAACAAGAGCAAGCCCGACAUCGAGUUCGUGGUACGCGAGCUGAAGCGAAGCGCCUUCAACGUCAAGCACUGCGCGCCCGACGUGACGCCUGACUAGUAGGGCCAUCUCUCGCCGUCUAGACCAACUGCGCCGCCCGGUGCUGCCACCUGUGACCGUCAGAUCGCACUGUCCAGCGCCUCGCAGUGUUCGCCGCAGCCUUGCCGCCCCCGAGCCGUCGUUCUUGUCGCGCCUUUCGGUUGCCGCGUCAGCAGCCAGUGUCCGUAUCUAGUUCCUCGACUGCAGCUGCGCUCACCUACGGUCUGUCGGGUUCGCUGCGCGCCCGCGGUUUCCGAGCCGCGUCUCCAUCUAUAUCUCCUCCGGAUAGCCGGCGGCGGCUGUGUGUCUGAGCGGCCUGCCGCCGCCGGCGGACGGUUGCUCGCUUCGCCGCACUGGCUCGCCGGCGGUGCUGCUACCCGGCCACUGGGUGCUGCGGGGGGCGGCUGGGACGCUAUCAUGCAUAUCACGCGCGCGAGGCUGGGUCGGCGGGCCGCCCGCGUAUUCUGUGUCGUGGCGUGUCGUAUCGUCGUGUCGGUGAAGCGCCUUUAGGGUCAGAUCUCAGCGAAUGAUGUGCGUGCAAUGGUGGCUGCAUUCCAUGUGAUGUGUGCACGCACGUGUACUUUGUAUUUUGUUAUAACUGUGGCUUGUAGAGUGCUUCUUCAUUCCCGACCACCGAAGCAAUAACGUGAGCUAAAAUGUAAUGUUCUGCGUUGGCGUCGUUCCGUACACCUAGCACGUGUGAGCACGUUUCGAUACGUUUUGCACCGGGGCUUGAUCAUGUGCAGCACUCGCACUGGAAGCCACGGCGGCUGACCUGCCCCGGACCUGAGGCCUGCCCGGGAUCAUCAGCUGGCCUGCCCGGGACCAUCAGCUGGCCUUCCCGGGACCAUCAGCUGACCUGCCCGGACCUGAGGCCUGCCCGGGACCAUCAGCUGGCCUGCCCCGGACCACCAGCUGGCUGUGCGUGCUCCCGUGCCGCCUCUCACCGCACUGCCCCGCCCAGCCAGAUGACCACCGCCGUGUGUCUGGGCCGUCGCCGGAAUCGCGUGUUCAGAUCGUCUUUUGGCGCGUGAUGUGCCGUUGUGUAACGUACGCGUGGGGGCUCGCGCGUGCCCCGCCCAUUGCGACCCAGCUCCACAGUAAUAAAACUGCAAA